GGCAGGGGGCGGGACCUGGCUGUCCCGUUUAAAGUGUGUCUGAAUCUUCACUUGACGUCUAGUGUCUCUGUUGGGGUGCACACGGAUUCACCACUCCUUUGGGCUUGUCUGUUUUUCCUUGGAUAUUUGGGGGGGAAAAGCUAAUCCACAAACAUGACUGACGCGCAACAAGAGGCCCGCUCCUACCUGAGCGAGGAAAUGCUGGCUGAGUUCAAGGCCGCCUUUGACAUGUUUGACACCGACGGUGGCGGUGAUAUCAGCACCAAGGAGUUGGGUACCGUGAUGAGGAUGCUGGGCCAGAACCCGACAAGAGAGGAGUUGGAUGAGAUCAUCGAGGAGGUCGAUGAGGACGGUAGCGGUACCAUCGACUUCGAGGAGUUCUUGGUCAUGAUGGUGAGGCUGCUAAAGGAGGACCAGGCCGGCAAGAGCGAGGAAGAGUUGGCAGAGUGCUUCCGUGUGUUCGACAAGAACGGCGACGGCUACAUCGACAGAGAGGAGUUCGCCCUCAUCAUCCGCAGCUCCGGCGAGUCCAUCACAGAGGAUGAGAUUGAUGAGCUGAUGAAGGAUGGAGACAAAAACGCCGAUGGCAUGCUGGACUUUGACGAAUUCCUCAAGAUGAUGGAGAAUGUGCAGUAAAACCAGAAAGACUCAAUGGACAUUCCUCCUCCUCCCUUAGAGCCCUCAUUCUGAACACAUCUGACACCCACUGACCCACUCAAAUCCCCCCUCCCACACACAUACUCCUUCUCCCCCUCCUGUCCACCUGGUUUACUGCCUCUCUUCUCCAUCCUUAUAGCCAACCUCAACAGACAGCUAGGGCACCCGGCAGGGGUCGCUUGGGCGGAGGGGCUACACUCUUCCCCAGCCCGCUUGUGUAUGCACACAGCCCAUGGAUGCUGCGCUGACGCUGUACCCCGUGACAGGACGGCAAGGCUGCAAUGGGGAAAUUCACUGCACACACCU